AUGUUGUCUUCACCUGUUCUGCGCAGAUGCGCCUUGACACAUUGCCGUUAUUCUGCUCCGGCAGCAACACCUAUUUUUCUCGAUUUCCUCGCCCCGUCAACAUUUAAGCAUGGCCAAUGUCGGCAGGCUUCAACAACGGCCGGAACUCCCGCUGGCUCCAAACCUCUAUAUGUUCUCAGCAAAGAGCAACGGGAAUUCAUGGACAGCGCUUUGCGAGUGAAUCAAGCUGGUGAAAUUGCCGCGACGCUGAUCUACAAAGCCCAAACGCCUCAGAUCGUCCGAUCAUAUCCCCACCUCCGGCCCUUGAUGAAACACAUGUACGACCAGGAAGCUGGGCACCUCAAGACCUUCAAUCACCUCAUCUCCAAGCACCAGAUUCGACCGACCGCCAUGUCUCCGGCAUGGGAGGUAGCUGCUACCUUUUUGGGUUGGUCGACUGCGGCACUGGGUCGCGAAGCUGCAAUGGCGUGCACCGAAGCCGUGGAGACGGAAAUUGGAUCACACUACAACGACCAACUGGACGAGGAACUCAAAGAAAUGUUGGCCACAUUCCGGAGAAUUCGCGACGAGGAAUUAGAACAUCUCGACCAUGCCGUAGCCAACGACUCAAAGGAGGCGAAGCCCUACGAUCCGCUCGUGGAUGUUAUUCGUUUUGGAUGCAGGGCUGCUAUCAAGAUCAGUGAGAAGAUUUGA